AUGUCAAGCUCCAAGACGAAGCUACGAGCUAUCAAUGAUCUCAUCAAGAAACAAAAGUUCGAUGAGGCUGCCGAGGAGGCCAAACAAUUCCUAGAGAAAGAGUCCAAAAACUACCAAGGGCACAUCUUCUUGGCUUUUGCCCAAGACAAGAGAAACGACCUCGAAGAAGCUGAAAGAGUUUAUCUAGCAGCCACUUCAUUGAGGCCUGGAGAUGCUCAAGCAUGGCAAGGGCUAGUGAAGCUUUACGAGAAAGUGGGCACUAAGAAAUUAGGACCGUAUCAGCAUGCUGUUGUGAACCUUGCCCGCAUAUUCCAUGAAGCAGAUGAGCUGUACAAAUCUCAGGAUGUGGUAGACAAAUAUCUCGACUAUGUGCGUGUCCAUGGGGACAAGGUUCAGUAUGCCGAUGCCCUCUGGAUCCAGCUCCCCGAGAGUCCUCUGUACCCGUUAUUGGAGGGUCGAUUUCCACCACCAGGGCAGACAUAUGAUCGAGUGGCGGGAAUUCUAGAAGAAUUCGAGAAGAAACGGAUAAACACCUUGAUUGGUGAACGGAGAACUCGCCUGGGAGCAAAGCUGAGCGAGGUGACUCUCGAAGUCAAGAGGGAAGUCUACGGCCAGAGCAAGCUCGAAGGCAUCUACCGACAACUCAUUAACUGGACUCGUGAUGAUGAUAUUAGGCGGCAGUACGAAGAGAAACUAAUCCACCAUUGCUAUGAACGCAUGCUGGUUCAACCUCCCGGGGAAGCAAAGGAUCAGGAGCGACAGAAGGUCUUUGGCCUUGCUAAUGAUAUGGUUGUUAUCAAGCACCCAUACAAGCUUGCUUGGGAAAUCGCGAUAAACUGGCAAGACAAGCAGGAAAUCAAAGAUUUCAAUGUGGAGUUACUCCGCGGCUAUUGCAAUUUCUUCCCAGACACCGAUCUUUACAAGAUUAUUACAGCUUUUCUUACCAGCACCUUGUCCCCCUUUCCAGAGCCAGAGCCCGAGAAUGGCCGGAAAAGUUCAAUCGCAAAGGCAUCUGAUGAUAGUGAGGAUGACGACGAAGGAGGCGUUCCUACUUUUGUUGUCCCUCUCACCCAUGAAGAAAGGCUGAGUAUGCUGGUGGAGGGUGUCAGCACCCUUGAUUCAAUAUUCGGAUUCAGGCUUGCUGGUCAAUUAUUUGUGCACUUUGGAGAGUACGAAAGUACAGUAGAGUUCAUGCGCAAAGCGCAAGAUCUGCUCAAAAAGGAGCAGGCAGCUCUGGGUUGCGAAUUCAAAAACACAAGGGAUUCAUAUCUUCUGAGCCUCGGCACAGCUCUUGUCUAUUUCCAGUCUCCACGGCAUCAUGCUGAAGCAAAAGCUCUUUUCGAAAAGGUUUUGGAUCAUGAUGGGACUUCUACAUCCGCACUCAUCGGAGUGGGAUUGAUCUAUGAGGAAGAGGAGGAAUACGAUCAAGCAAUUGAUUUCUUCGGAAGAGCACUUGAAAGAGAUCCUCUCAACGUGCGUGUCAAAUCAGAGUCUGCAUGGGUAAAGGCUUUGAAGAAGGAAUGGGAACAAGCCAAGACUGAGCUGCAGGAGUGCCUUGGUAUCCUAGAGGACAAUCCUUCCAAGGAUCUUCUAGCAGACACGCAAUACCGCCUCGGAGUUUGUAUUUGGAACCUGGAACCCAGCCAACAAGAGAGAAAACGACGAAAAGGCGACUCCGCAUACUCAUACUGGCUGUCCGCUUUGAACAAUAACCUCAAUCACUCACCUUCUUACACGAGUCUCGGUAUUUUCUACGCAGAUUAUGCGAAGGAUAAAAAGCGAGCCCGAAGGUGUUUCCAGAAGGCACUUGAAAUAUCGCCUUCUGAAGUUGUUGCGGCAGAGCGGCUGGCGAGAUCGUUUGCCAAAGAUGGGGAUUGGGACAGAGUAGAGCUUGUUGCCCAACGUAUUGUUGACUCCGGCAAGGUCAAGCCCCCUCCAGGCUCAAAGAGGAAAGGUAUCAGCUGGCCAUUUGCAGCUCUUGGUGUUGCAGAGCUGAACAAGCAAGACUUCCACAAAGCGAUAGUAUCUUUUCAGGCAGCUUUGCGGCUUUCUCCAAACGAUUAUCAUUCUUGGGUCGGACUAGGGGAGAGUUAUCACAGCUCUGGCAGGUUUAUUGCCGCUACCAAAGCUAUUCUUAAUGCCCAGAAGCUAGAAGAGGACUCCGCUGUUGACAUCUCCGGAGACACUUGGUUUACAAAGUACAUGCUGGGUAAUGUCAGGCGAGAACUCGGAGACUUCGACGAAUCGAUCGUUUUGUAUCAAGCUGUGAUGGAAACCCACCCUGAAGAGGAGGGCGUCAAGCUUGCGUUAAUGCAGACCAUGAUCGACAAUGCUUUGAGUAGUAUCGAGAAAGGGCUUUUUGGAAAAUCAGCUGAGCUCGCAACUGGCACGAUCGAAUUUGCAGCGCAAACAGGUGGAAGUGUUCUGGACACCUUCAACUUUUGGAAGAGUCUUGGUGAUGCGUGCUCGGUCUUUGUGACCGUCCAAAACUUUGCCAAGGACUUACCUCUAGAAAGCUUGAAAACCCUUGUUGAAAAGAUCUCUCCAGAGGCUUCCGCAACUUUCGCGGAAAUAGACAAAGUGUCUAUCGAAUCUCUUAAUGACAAAGCGUCUGGAGAAACCGCGGGCGUGCUGGACGUGGACUUGGCACGUUGUAUUCAAGCGAUGAUCUUGUGUUAUAAACAAGCAAUCCAUAUUUCGGCGCUUGAUCGACACGCCCGAGCCGUCGGAUACUAUAAUUUGGGCUGGGCCGAACAACGUGCGCACACCUGUCUUCCUGCUGAAUCUCAGAGGAUCGCGACCGCCUAUAUUAAGGCGGCUGUUAGGGCUUUCAAGCGUGCAAUCGAGUUGGAGGCGGGCAACUGGGAGUUUUGGAAUGCUUUGGGAGUAGUAACGGGAGAGAUCAAUCCUGCUGUCUCCCAACAUGCUUUUGUGCGAAGUCUGCAUCUGAAUGAGCGCAACCCGGCAGCCUGGACGAAUCUGGGUACACUGGCAUUGCUCUCCGGCGAUAUCAAGCUGGCAAACGAAUCAUUCACAAGGGCACAGUCUACUGACCCUGAUUACGCUCAUGCAUGGCUUGGACAGGGCUUCUUGGCACUGAUGUAUGGUGAUAAGAAAGAAGCCAGAGGCCUUUUUACGCAUGCGAUGGGAAUUGCUGAGGCGUCGUCUCUGCCUACCCGCCACCACUACUCGGCUUCAAUGUUUGACCAUAUUCUCACAGCGCCUCCAGGCCUGAAUGUUGCAUCCCUAAUUCAGCCUUUGUUCGCCUUGGACCAGGUUCAAAGUUUGAGGCCCAAAGAUGUCACCUUUGGGCACCUGUCAACACACUUCCGAGAACGAGUCAGGGACAGCCCCCGAUCUGUCGGCCUACUUGAAAAGAUAUGUUCGUUAGUCGAGGCAGACUACGAGAAAUCAGAAUCCGCUGAGAGUUUGGCACGGUUUAUAAUGACACGAACUGAUUUGGCCAGAGCGUACUUGGCUGCUGGGUCAUACGAGAAGGCGGUUGAGUGCGGAGAUAUGGCACUGGGCCUGAGCAGCGAUGAUGGUGACAGUGAGCUGUCUGGGGAGCAGCGUAAGAAGGCUAGACUGUCGGCGCAUAUGACGGUCGGUCUAGCACACUAUUACGCCAACAGAUUUGACGAUGCGCUCAAGUACUUUGAGUCUGCUUUGGAAGAAUCAGAUGGAAAUCCCGAUGCAGUCUGCCUUCUCACCCAGGUUCUUUGGGCACAGGGAUCUGAAGAAGCUCGGGAAAGAGCCCGCGAAGCCCUCUUUGAGGUGAUUGGCGAGAGGCCAGACCAUGUACAGAGUGUUCUCUUGCUGGGAGUCAUUGCUCUCCUGGAUAACGACCCGGACAGCCUGGAGGCCGUCACCGAGGCUCUCGAGUCUCUUCGCACCAAUGACAAGGUCACGCCAACGCAGCAGUCACAUAUUGGAGAGGUACUCCGUGCUAUAGCCACACUGGCAGAGGAUAAGUCAGAGCAGGAUACUACAACCCAGGCACAAACUGACAUCAUGCUAUUCCCCAAUCUCCCUCACGGAUGGUCUGCUCUGACCGAGGCCACCGGAGAUGAGUACACGGCACAGAUGGCACUAAAAGUUGCACAGAAAGGAAUCCCACCACGGGGAACUCUGGAGUGCCAUGAUCUCACAAAGGCAUAUGCCGGGACUGGGUUGGCUUCCGAUGCCCAGAAGGCGGCGUUCCUGGCCCCCUGGGAAAGCGAGGGAUGGGCCUCGUUGGCGAUCGCCACUCAAGGCAUCUAA